AUGAUGUUCUCUGCUGGUGACCACGCCCGCCUCACUCACAAAAUGAGCUUCGACCACCUUGCGCCCGGGCACAACGAGCCCUAUCUGAGGAACUCUUGGCCCCCCCGCGGGCCAUACUUCCCUCAUCCUGACCUCGACAUGCCAUCGCAGGCGGCAGAGGUACAGCGCACGUUCCCCGGGGACGGUACAGCUGCCGUCGGGCUUUCCUUGUUCGACGUUCCCGCGGAGGAUGCCAACCACGACACUGCCGCCAAUUUCCAGAGCGCUACCACACCAAGCACCUCUCGCGAGACCGAAGAGCGCAACGAGCUCCUGCGCCUCAUAGCCGACUGGCAUGCCGAAAGCAUCGUCCCCGCCCCGCCUGCACCUGUUCCCGCUCCCGCGUCGUCGUCGCUGCCAGGACCACGCUCUCUGGAUGCGACCAACAUUGACCGGUAUAUGUGGUCGACAGCAACCCGGUGCCCGGAGUCCAUACAGCGCGCGCACGCCGCUGGCCGCGCACAAAGCCCCGCUUCAACGAUGUCGGGUAUCCCAUUCGAUCGCGCGCCUUUCAUGCCAUCUCCUCGUUAUAUGCCUCCUUCGCCGGCGAUGUCCGCGAGCGCUAUUGACGAAGCCGACCACGACGCCGAGCCAUCUGGCGCGCCCACCUCUCCUGUCAACGCGAAUGCGACCACUCCAAACACGUAUCCUCCGACUGUCGUCCUGGUCCCCGAAGCGCUUCCGAGCGACAUACUGCCUCCCGCGCCGCGCCACCUCAAGCGCAUGCGCUCUCUCACCUCCUCCCCCGACGUCGAUCAGCCAACGCCCCGCCGCCAGCGCAUCAGCUCGCCGGGAGGAAGCCUCUUCUCCGGCACGCCGUCCGUCAAGGGCACGCUCGUCGACGAGAGCGGAGAGGAUGGGUGGAAAGGCGAGGCGUUGGGUCUGACGUUCGACGACGACAAGGAGAAGAAGAAGAUCAAGGGCAUUGUGUUGCUUGAUCAGAGUGGAUGGGACGCUCUGCAGAUUGGCGAGCGCAAGACCGAGGAGGAUGAAGAGGCUGAUGAGGCGGAGGCGGCUACUGAGGUGGUUGAGAGCGUUGAGGGUGCGCAGGUUUGGGUCGAGGUUGAGGAUGUGCAGGACGCUGGCGUGCAGGAGGAAGACACAAGCUCGACGACGUCUGGGGAGGAUGGUAUGACGAGGUGUAUACGCCGCUGCCUGUCGAAGAUGACUCGCUCGCCGCCGACGCUCGGGGACGAAGAUCUCGAGCGAAUCAGAGCUGAUAUUGCAGCGAGGUUUCCGGAUGCAGCCGCUCGCUCAAGGACGCUCACUUAUGAUGAUCUUGAGCGCAUCAGCGCUGACAUUGAUGCGCGCCGUGUGCGCGGCGGCUUGCCGGAGGAGGACACCCGCUCGACGACGCUCAGUGACGAUGAUCUUGGACGGCUCUACGCUGGCAUGAAAGCGAGGCGUCUUCGUUACGGCUUGCCGGAGGAUAGUAUUCUCUCUCGGCCGCUCAGUGACGAAGAUCUUGAGCGGAUCAGCGCUGAUAUCGAAGCGCGCCGUGUGCGCAACGGCUUUCCGAAGGAGGACGCUCGCCCGCCGCUCGGGGUGGACGAUCUUGAACGGAUCAGCGCUGACAUUAUGGCGAGGGAGGCCGAGAAUCGCGAGUUCUACCGGUGGUUGCAGACCAAGCUGCAGCAGAGCGGGUGGAUGCACAUGCUGAGGGAGCUCUUCGACAGGGAGAGGGAAGAAGUCGAGCCCAUGAUCAUCUACCGGACGCACGACGAUGAGGUCGACCCGGCCUUCGUCGACCCCGACAACGCGCUCUUCGGCUCCUUGACCUUCGAAGAGGCCGUUCCUCCGGAGAGCACCUGGGGCGAGAGCCCCGAGACGCGGCGCGCGGGCGUCGCGAUGAUCUACCGCAACAUGACGGCGUUUGGGAAUAUGGAUCUGCUUUGGUUCCACAUGAUGCUUGGUUGCGAGGAGGGUUGGUGCCCUUGCGGCGCUUGA